AUGGCUGACGUCGAGGUCGUGAGGCGACCACUCGCAGCUACCUAUGGCCGUCGACGACGAGAUGAGACACCAUUGAGCGAUGCCGAGGGCCAGUCCUCGCAGCCUUCACCUCCUGCUCGCGACUCGCUCUUCCUCGACAGCUCGCCCCUCAACAAAGAGGAAUCACAUCGAAGCCGAUAUGCCACCAAUGACGAAGAGACAGGCAACACUAGCGCCUCGAGCUCAGACGAACGCGACCGUGCGGCAUUCAAGCCAAGAUCCUCUUCCAUCGGCCUGGCGCCUCCCCAGCCCAGCCGCAUUGCUGGUCUGGAAAACAGCGACGACGAUGAUGACGACGAUGAAGAGACCUCACAAAAUGCUCUGGACCGUGUCAGAGCUCAGCUAGGAGUAUCACAUCCGAGCAGCAGCAACGGCAGUGGAAGCCGACGCGACGCAGCUACCAGCUCCCUCAGCAGCGCUCCUUCACUCUCACAACCUCAGCGGCCGGGCGCCGGCAACAGCAAGGCUAUAUACGACAGCGAUGCCGACGAGGAAGACAGUUUCGUCCACCGCACCGCCGCUUCGCGGCCAAAUCGCGUCGGCCUUCUGGCAGGCAGGAUGAAGGCCAGGAUGACCACGUCUUCAUCUACAGACGACCAGACGCGGCCCUGCUUUGGCUCACAGCGCUCCGCCUCACCACGCCGCAGCUUCGUCCUCAGCGACGACGACUCGUCUCAUUCGGACUCAGCACCAGACUCGCAGCUGGCUCAGUUACGCAAAGACAGGCUAGCAGCCACGCAGCGCAAGCAGAAGCUCGAGGAGAUGGCUGCGAAGAGGCGCCAAGCUGCAGAAGCAGAGGUCUCGCUUGAGGACGACUUCUUCAACAACAGCCACAACGAUGAUGCUCCCGCCACCGACGAUCCUAUCCGGUCCAGCUCCAAUGUGGGGGAGGACAGUGAUGAGGACUACCCCGACGCCCAUGAGUUGAUACAACGAGCCGCGGAGCAACGCCGACAGCACGACGGAAGCGUGCGAGGGGAUUCUAGCGUGAGCAGCAGCAAGCAUAGAUCGUCAAAGUCAUCGAAGAAGGCGACACGCCCGCCCAAGGGACCCAAGCCGCUCUCGAAGAAGGAGCAAGAAGAGAUGCACAAGAUGCAGGCCAAAAUUGAGCGCAGUAGACCUAUGCCUAGCCUUGCCUUGCAAUCGCACCCGGUCGAUCGACAAGAGUACAGCAUCGCUCAGCUAGCAGCCAAGUUCCAACAACCUGAGUCUCUUCCUUCCGCUGAUGAGGACGACCCGAUCGAGUCAGACACGCCGCGGCGUCCAGCGCCGGGGACAGCCGUGCCAGCCAAGGGCUCAAUGGCCAAUGCAAAGCCGUCCACCAUCCUCACAGAGGGCAGUUGCUUCUCGGACCCAGUCGCGAUCUCCUCAUCUCACGUCAGCGUCGAAGAGCUACAACGGCGCAAAGCACAGGAAGCACUCAAGCUGCGCAAGCAAAAGUGGCUACAGGCGCAACAGGAGAAUGCGCAGCGCCCUUCCUCGAUGGCAGACUCCAUCGAGUCUACGGGCAGCGACCUCGUCUUUGACAUGAUGUCCAAGCCGCGGGCUGGCGCACAAGCUGCGGAAGAUGAGGACGACCUGACCAUCAUCGACUCCACGGCUCCUUCUUCAAGCAGGCGCGGCUUACUCUUCGUCUCGAAGCUGCAAGAGCGCUCACGCAGCAAUGGGGCUUCGACGAAGAAAGCGCCCGCAGACCGCAGCAGCAAGCACGCCGCCCAGCCUGCAGGCAUGUCAGCGGUCGACUUCAAGCAGGCGAUGCUGGACAAGGUCAGGCGACAGAACAUUAGCAUCAGGCAGGCACGUGAGAUGCAGGCUGGCGGUCCGGCUCGCAAUGCGCAACACAGCCAAGCUGCAGCACAACCAAAUGCUGCGGGAGACGCUGACGAGUCGGCUGACGUUCUGAAGAAGAUGACGGCGCGCCUGCAGCAGCAGCCUGACGCAGAUGAGGUCGCAGACGCUGCGGAUGGGCACGAUGGAGGCAGUGAGGAUGAAGACUUUUGGCCAGAGGACAGUGGGAGUGACGACGAUCACGCCGGCUCUGGGGAAGAGGAAGACCAAAUCGAGGACGCCAGCGCGAAGGUUGCUCAGGAGUAUGAGAAUAAUGACGGCGACUCGCUCGCGGAAGAUGAGGCCGAUGUCAUGCCUCCCUCGAGCCAGAACACCAACCGCUCCGUGGGCCGCACUGGGAUGGACAGUGACGAGGAUGAAGAUGAUGAGGUCGAGAUGCACACGGCGAGGCCGGGCAAGAAGAGGGCACAGCUUGCUGUUGUUGACGAGGAUGAUGAGGAGCAACAUCAGCAGCAGCAGCAGCAGCAGCACAAGGACGACAGCCCGCCUGCGUCGGCUCCCCUCACAGGCAAAAGCGCCGGCUUCGGUGGCGGGCCCGGUGGCCUCACUCAAUUCUUCCAGGAUACGCAGCAAUCCGACCACGAAGAGCUUCCCGAGUCACAGCGUCUCGCUGCUCAAGCAGCCAGUGACGCCUCCCUGCAUCGUACCUCCGCAGCACCACCCUCCGCCGGCGCACCCAAGCCAACAAACGACUCAGUCCUCGGCCAAUUCUUUGCAGACACCCAACUAUCUCAAACGCCCCGCGGCCACUCCCUCGACGUCAUCGGGGCUACUGGACGGGCAAAAAAUGCAGAUCACUUUGCUUUCGUGCCCGAGGGUGGGUCGUUGGGUGAUGCGGCCCUUUCUCAAUUCUUCAACGAGGGAACGCAGAUAACCCGGCCUACGGGGCAGGAAGAAGCUGGUGCUACCGGCGCCUCACUCGACGCGCCUGGAGGAUCCAUGCCUCCUCCCCGUACCAUACCCACCGACGGCUUUGCGGCGCUACGUCGCCAAGCCCAGGGAGACGGGGAGGACCUGCUUGGGUCUCCUGACUCGAUCCUGCCUAGCCCUGAUCACUCGCCGGGCAACUUCGCCAACUUCGCCACCCCACGUGCUGCACCCCUGGAGCCGGCUAGGCAGUACCUGAAUCAUGAAGGUUUCUUCACUCAGACUAGGCCUGUUGCAUCAGCGCCGGCUCCUGAUAGUGCUGGAAGCAGACGAAGAAGCUUGAGUGUAGGGAGCAACCGCGGAGGAGCAGACAGCUUCGCAAGUCAAUGGGGCGCUACGGAGCCAAGGGCAACGAGUGCGGAUGAGGACGCGGAAGAGCAUGAUGUGCCUUCCUCGCCGAGCGCGAGACGCAAGCGCUUCAGGCGCGCCCUCCAGCCACUACAAGGCGAGAGUGAGGGCGAGGAAGAGGCGGGCGAGGAGGAGGAGGAUGAAGAGGAGGAGGAGGAGGCAGAUGAAGGCGAUUCGCGGGGCUCGGGCUCCGACGUCGACCCUGAUGAACGCCACCCCGCCGCCGAGGAGGAUGAGGAGGAGGACGACGACGUUGGCUCUGCGGCCGAAGACGACGUCCAUCCAGGCGCGACUGCUAACGCAUGGGACGUCCUCAAGCGUGCGGCACAACGCGCCGACCUUGCCAAAUCUGCGUCAAAAAAGAAGUCGAGGCGUCGCAACGAGUUCAUUGAAGGUGAAGCCGAGGAGUCCGAAGACGAAGAGGGCACACGUCAGGGCGGCGGGCUCAAGGGUGUCUUCGACAAGUCCGACGACGAGGGCAAUGAAGAUUCAGACUCGGACGACGAUGGUGCUGACCUCGAGGGGCUCGUAGACGAUGUCCAUGAGCGAGACGAGGCGGCUAAGGACAAGCUGGCCCUCGCGCGCUACCAGCAAGACAUGGAUGUGGACGAAGCUGCAGCCCUCGCUCUGGCGGAGAAGGCGGCAAAGGGUGAACUGCGCAACAAGCGGCGCAAUCGUGGCCUCGGCGCCGGCCUGGAGGGUCUGCUCGACGACGACUUUGAUGAGGAGCGACUGAAGCGCCUCGCGAGCAGGCCGAAGGGCUUUGUGGCGAAGAGACGCAAGCUGGAAGGAGGAGAUGGGAUGGAUCUGCUUGCGAGCAAGGCAGAGAGUCGCGCCUUCGUGGAGGGGUAUGCUGAGACGCAUGACACAGGGGUCGGGGAGGGGGAGUACACUUUCCUCGCUGCGGCCGAGGAUGAAGGGGAUGAAAGCGACGAUGACGAAGAAGAGGAUGAGGACGAGGACCGCAGUGAGGAGGAAGCGUCACCAGCGAAGCGUGACGAUGACGACCUGGAUGAGCUGGACCGUGUCUUUGCUCAGCGGAUCACGCGCAAAGAGCUGGCCAAGGAGCUCAAGGAGCGUCGCAAGAACCAGCGACGUCAGCGAGUCGCAUCGGACGAUGAGUAUGGCGAUGCGCCCGAGGAAGCGCAAGCAUCGGUCCCACCCGCAAGUCGCGACUUCUUCGCCAGCGACGAGAGUGAUGACGAGGUGGAUCGUCGAGUCGGUGCUCAAGCUGCGGCGAAGAGGAAGGCGGCUCUACCCUCUUUCUUGCACGACCGUCUCAACUCGUCCGCCAAUAGCGACAAGAAGGCUCGUACCUCCUCUGUUGCAUCAAGAAGCCGUGCCGAUGCGCACCACGACGACGACGACGAAGAGGAUGACGACCCCUCGACAGCGGACCCAGCAUCAGCCCUCAUUGAAGGCCUCAAGCGCCGCAGGGCCGUCUCCCCACGCACGGCGGAGCGUCUUGCGCGCGUUGCAGCAGAGUAUGGCGAUCGAUCUGACGCCGCCUCGUACGUCAACGCGGGGCAGAACGGUGGGGGCGGGUCAAGCAUCACUUCCUUUGGGGCUCGUGCUGCUCGCCAGGUGGAUAGACAAAAGGCGGGCGCGGGGGCUUUCGUUGGGACAAGAGGCAGCGGUGAGGAUGCUCGGGCGACUGCGGCUGCUGGUGGAAGCGGUGGGGACGGGAGGAGGAGGGUGGCCAAGUCGGCUUCUGGUUUGUUGGCGAAGAGAGUCGUCGAGGAGUCGCAGUGA